GCGGCCCCGGGCUCGCGCGGACGCGCAUGCGCAACGGCGGCGACGACACCGGCAGCCGCGGCUUCUCCUUCUCUGCUCGCUCUCCCCAGAUCUUGUUUUGUUGUGGGUUUUUAUUUUGUUUUUAAAGCGAUUCCUUCUACGCUUUCCCGCGCGGCGGCGGGAUAAGCGGCGCCCGGUCGUCGCUGUGGGACCGGGCGAUGCUGAGCGGGCUCCGCGCGCGGGCGGCCUCAGACACCGGAUUCCGCAGCCCCGGCCCCGCCGGUGUGCAAAAAUGGCAAAGAGAAUUGCAGAGAAGGAACUGACUGACAGAAACUGGGAUCAGGAGGAUGAAGCUGAGGAGGUAGGAACAUUCUCAGUAGCUAGCGAAGAAGUCCUGAAGAACAGAGCUAUUAAAAAAGCAAAGCGCCGAAAUGUUGGAUCAGAGUCUGAAAGUGGAGGAGCCUUUAAGGGGUUUAAAGGUUUUAUAUUGCCUUCUGGAAAAGGAGGAGGUGGCUUUAGCGGAUUUGGUAAUGGUGCAGGAAUAAAGCCUUUAGAAGGGUUGUCUAAUGGAAGCAGUAGUGUCUGUAGCACUCCUUCUUUCAGCAGUUUGAAGACCACCUCCGAAACACCAUCACCAUUUGGAUCCACAAUGUCAAAUGGUCCUACUGCUACUACAUUUACUGAGAAAAAGGUUGCAAGCCCAAAAGCUAAUGGUGGCAGUCAACCAUCCUCAUCUGGCUAUGCUCAGAGUAAAGUUUGUAGCUCUAGUGCUUACCACAAACAGUUAGCAGCUUUAAACUGUUCUGUGCGUGACUGGAUAGCUAAGCAUGUAAACGCAAACCCACUGUGUGACCUGACACCCAUCUUUAUAGACUAUGAGAAGUACUUAGCAAAUAUUGAACAGCAACACGGAAGCAGUAGUGACAGCGGCUCUGAAAACGAAAGUAACAAAACACCUGCCUCUCAGUCUAAUGUUUCUACAUUUGGGAAUUCAAAGAUACAGCAAGGAUCAACAUUUUUGUUUAACAACAAAACUGAGGAUGCCUCGGACAAAAAACCUGAAGCUGCAUCAGAAAAAAAAGACCCAUCAUUAGUAGCUACAUCAACCGUCUCAUUUAAUUUUGGCAAAAGUGUUGACAGUUCUGUUUUGGGUUCCCUUGGUUCAGGAACACUUAGUAGUUUCUCAUUUUCUCCUGGGAAUUCAGGUUUGUUUGGAAAAGAUGCAAACCAGGCUAAGUCUGUCCCUGCAGUGUCCACCAAUGUAUUGGAAGCUCAGACAGAAAGUGGCCAUAAUGAUGAUAAAGGAGGAGAAGAGGAGGAAGAAGAGCCACCAAAAGUCAUUGUUAAUGAAAUAAAAGAGGAUGAUGCUUUCUACUCAAAGAAGUGCAAACUGUUCUACAAAAAAGAUAAUGAGUUUAAAGAGAAAGGUGUAGGAACGUUACAUUUAAAACCAGCAGGAAAUGAAAAAACUCAGCUCCUAGUCCGAGCGGAUACCAAUUUAGGAAACAUACUGUUGAAUGUUCUAAUUCCUCCCAAGAUGCCGUGCACAAGAACCGGAAAAAACAACGUUCUUAUAGUUUGUGUUCCUAAUCCACCAAUAGAUGAGAAGAAUCCAUCUGUUCCUGUCACUAUGUUAAUAAGGGUGAAAACAAGUGAGGAUGCAGAUGAGUUGCACAAAAUCUUACUGGAGAAAAAGGAGGCUUAAAUAAGUUGCAGUCAGUGAUUUGAGGAAUUAUUGCCAAACUGCUGCUGCUCUACUUUUCUUCCAUAACUUCACUUGAACACUUAACUCUUUACUCUGAUAUUAAGAACUGUUAUAGGAAUUCUGGAAAAAUUCUGUGAGGAGAAGCUAAGCUAGCAAAUAAAAGCUUUAACAGAACACAAGUGUUGGACUGUGCUCCCUCAUUUUAUAAUGUCUAAAUGCAGGACCUCUUCUGGAUAAAGCACAUUAAUUUAAUUUAAAGCAUAUGUUUUUAACACUGGUCUUUUUGACUAAAUGAACAGAAAUCAGAGUACAAAAGUGUGGUACCAGAGCUUCCUCACAGACUGCAGUGCAAUGCAACAACCUCCUGUUUUGAGAAGGGAGGAUGUUGAAGUUUAGCUGUUGAAACUCUUUCUAGACUCCAGAUUUUUAAUUGGUCUUUCAUAUUCUAGCAAGACUAAAUUUUUCAGCUUGGUGAUAACGAAGUACCCCAACAACAAUAAUAUAUAUAGUACUGUGUUUUAAUGCUUAACAGACUGAUGUGCUUUUGGGACAUCUCCAGGUAUUUAAAAGAAAAUUUGCUUGCGUAGUCUUGUUGACAGUAGUGUUUCCUAGAGAAGAACUGUCAGUUCUGUUCUUACUGUAGCAACAAGCUAAUGAUGUGCAAUAGUACAAGCAGACAACUGGAAGACUUUUAUCGUGGGCCACAACCACAGCUGGCAUUUGCUGACUUCUGACAAGUCAGAGGCAAAAGGUUGCACUUCCAUUAUGGUCCCUCUGAGGUAUUCUUCCCUUUGUUCCAUGGGCUAAAACUGAAACCCAGCAGAGACAGAGUUGUAAAUGUUGCGCUUGCUCUUGCUAUUGGUUCUUUGCUGAAGAUAGCUCUUUUCACAAACAUAUUUCAGGAUUUUUAUAGAUCUUUGUAUUGCCUCUGGCCAUUACCAAGAAUACACGCAUAAAUGUGUGUUGGUAGUUAUUUUUCCCAUGUGUUAAAACUACAACACUUCACUGUGUUACAUUAAGUAAAGCAGGAGUUUGCAGCUUUGGGAUAAGCUUUCUGUUGCAAGUGGGGGAUACUGGGUUAAUCUAUAAAUUAGUUUUCAGCUGUGUUUAACCACAUGGCAAUAGUUCACAUAUCAGAAAAACAUUCUGUUCUCAGUUUCCGUCUCAAUUUUAUCAAGCCCCGUUUGGUUAUUUAAUCCUUUUCUCUUUCAAAUCUCAUUUGCUGGAAAUUCCUUCCCUAAUAAGUGUGUUUUUUUCAGUUUCACUUCUGGCUCUGGAAACUAUCUAUAAGCUAGAUGCUAAUAUUAACUUGGACUGCUAACUGUUCUCUGCUCUGUCACACCGACCACCUCCGGGGUGAGGGAAGAAACAUGCCAACCUGCCCCUAGCUAAUGUGGCACAGAGGAAAAAAGAUCCUGUUCUCUUUUUAAAAAAAAAAAAACAAAAAACCAAAAAAACAGUAUGAUGCAUUUCUCACAGGCACUUAGAAAUUCACAAUAGCGGCAUCCUCUGGGUGAGGAAAAAGUAGUAGCACUGUUUGAUUAGAUGCAGCACAUCUUGCCUGCUCCUCACAGCUCCCUGUGGGGGGACAAAUGGCUGCCUUCAGACCUCAUUCAUUGCACAAUUUAGGUUAUGGCCUUCCCCCCAACAACCAAAACUCGACAGAAUCUAGAGCCCUCUCAACCAAAGUUGAGAAACAAAGGCCUUUGCUCAAAUUUCAGCUACACUGAGGUCACAGGAAUUGCAUUUUUAAUACUCAAAUAUAAAGCAAGCUUAGAUUUGGUUUCAAAUAUUAUUUCAAAUAUAAAAUUAGUGCCUUUUUGGUUUGGUUGUUUUGUUGGGGUUUUUGUUUUGUGGUUUUUUUUUUUUUUUUUAAUCUGGCUCAGUACUUAACUAUUAAAAGUAAGUGACAUUGCUUUCCUCAAAUACUUUUUAAAAGAAAGUCUUCCCGAUACCAAAAUUUGAGGCCAAAAGCUGAAGGCUUGCGUGUUAAUUGUGUGUGAAGGAAAAGUGGAACAUGCUUGGAAGUUUAUUACAGGUUCAGGUUUAAUGUCCAAGGGCUGAGUUAAUUUUGCAUUUGUCGUUUGACUGUAGUGUCUUACAUACGUCUCCAUGCUUUAUAGACCAGAGCACUGGGUGCAACCAGUGGAUUGGUUAUGCAUCGCACGUGGAGAGCUGCUCCAUACAGAUUCCAUCAGUGGUCUUGGACUUGUGUGUGUUUACUUCUGAAAGCUCGUGGAUAUGUAACUGUUUCUCCAUCUAUUGAAAUGUGGACCAAGUAACUUAAACAAGUGAGAGGCAAUCUGAACUUUCUGUGUAGCCUUAGGACUUGCCCCCGAAGUGAGGCAGUCUGGGGGUUCUACAGGCACGUGUUUGGCCCAGUUUUAAAGACAGAAAAUUGAAUAAUGGCUUAAUGGCUGGUGCACCUCUGUCAUGUUUUCAAGGGUGGGCAAGCAUAGAGCAUAAGGAAAAAAAAGGUAGAAUAACGAUAAAUUGUGUUGGAAAAAUUAAACCAUAUGAUACCCAUGGUAGGUAGUAAUAUCUUCUGUUAGCUGCAGGAAAGACUAAUUGAGGUGAGACACCUUAAUUCUUUAACAAUGUAUGUAUUUAUUAGUAGAACUAGGGCAAGGUAUAUAAUUGGAAUCUCAUGUUAAUGAAAAUGUAAAAAAUAUUCAUAAACAUAAGACUUUAAACAUUUUAUAUAGGGGAAAGUUGCCACUAAAAUAAUAGGGAAGAAUUUUACUGAAAAUUCGAGAUAUUAAUCAGUGUUAUACAUAGUGACUCUGCAAUUAUCUGGACUAUGAAGCAGGAAAAGUCAGUCAUGCACUUUCCACUUGGUGUUCAGUUAUAAAACCUAUUUUUUUAUGAUGCUUCAGUUUUAGUUAAGAAAUAUUAAAAUACAUAAGUACUGUAAAAUGCCAGAGAUUACUACAUAAAGGCCUACAAUCAGUUAAAAAAAAAGUUAGAGGGCACAGAAAUCAAAAUACUAAUGCCUUGAUAACAAAGUGGCACAUGCUAUUCAAGGAAGGAAUUUUGAUCAGAAUUCCAACUCAGUGAAGCAUUCCUGUACCUUGGUAGAUACUUAAUCUAUUUAACAGCUGGAUAUUAGAUAGCUGAUGUUUAAGAUAGACAUUUUCUCCCUAAGCUGAGCUAAUGCCAACACUAUUUCAGCUGUACAUAGGUGUUGGAGUGUCUUACAGAUCAUGCAUUCUUCCUUGUGUAAUUUUGAAGUUUCAGCUGCUUGGAAAUCUCUCACCUCCCCACAACUGAAAACCAAGAUCUCUGCUUCUUUUAAUGAUCAGUAUCAUCUGUAAGGGAGAUUUAUUACAGUUGGUUUGAGUUUUAUUUUUAAGUAUUAAACUGCUAUAUGCAGGGGAGUUGUUGUAAUGUACUUAAGGUUAUCUUAUUUGGGAGCACAAGACCGUGUUCCUGUAAUCCCUUUUCGUUGAUGAAUGCAAGAGUUUAAUUUAAAUUUGCAGUUCAAAUGAACACGUAGAACGUAAACCAAUUAGGAUGUAUGCUUUACUAUUAAGAACUUCAGCUGCCUUUGCAGCACUGUUAACAUUUAAAAUGUCCUUAAAGACUUUCUUUCCGAUGCCUUAACUUAUUUGCAUUUGCUAAAAUUUUGUAGCUGGUGCCUGUGUGCAGAAAUUAACUGACAUUAAACAAUUUAAAGUGGCAUGAGUAUAAAUCCAACAAAAAUGCUGAAUGUGAUGAUUUGUUAAUUGUUAGAUUUCAAACUGCUCUGAGUUUUUCCGUGGAUGUUUUAAGUUUCACCUAACUUGUCAUGUAACAAUGUUUUCCUUGAGGAAGUGUACAAAAAUCCAUGAAAAAUGUGAAUAAAUGAAUGGGAGAUAAGUGUCUCAUGUGUAUCCCUUCCGCUUUGACUGUAAAACACUGAAUUAGUAAGAAGACUUCCACAAAUCAGUUUUUUGAAGGUGAACUGCCUAGAAAAUCCUGCGUGCAGCCCUGGUGCUGCUAAAAGCAGCAAUGUCCUCUCCUGCCCCUUCCUCAAACCAGCUUUGAAACCUGUCACAUUGGUAAGAGCCAGUUCAGCAAAAAUGUUUUCUGGGAAGAUGAGUGAGCUGAAUCAGCAUGGAGGGAAGAGUUAGGGCUGCCUUUUACAAGAAAAAUAAGUUCUUGCAUGCUAAGAGAGUGACUGUAGAGCUUGACCUCUAAAAAUCCCUCCACCUCAAAGAUUUAAGAGCAAAAGUAAUUUGUGUUUUCCUGAUUGCAUAUGUAGAACUUAGGCUAAAUCUAAAAUGAAAGCACUAUGCUAAAGCCAGGUCACAGUGAUUCUUCUCUCUUCAUUGGUCUCUGACAGUCUGGCAAAUAAAAAAAAGAAUAAAAUCAAGACAGUUGUCAUGAACAGCGUAGAUAACCUUUCCAAUGCGCCAUGGACUGCUGAGACCACGUGAGUGCCUGUCAUCCAGCUGUACUUGCCGCUACUAGGUGCUGUUAUGCUGUUUAGCCUUACUUCAGUUCUCUCCACAGCUCCGGAGGUUCAUACCCACAGAGCGGAGCUACUUCUUGUAUGAGGAUACAAUUGUUGCUUAAUAAAAAUUAUCUUGACAUCCCCCAUCAUCACUCCCACAAUUACAAUGAUUGGGAGAACCAAGAGCCAAUGUUGCAGUUUUAAGGAUGCAGUUGCUAUCAAUAGAGUCAGGUUUCUACCUAAACUGAAAAACAUUUUGGACCCAUCUUACUCCCUUAUACUUUUUAAAAGACAGGCAGCACUGCUUAUGGAGUCCCCCUAGCUUUUGGCAGCCAUAAAAGACAGCAAAGUAACAGUUCUCAAAAGCAGAAACAAGAUGAUUAUUCAUUUCAGGCUGGUGCAGUCUAGGACAUAUAGUGCUUUGCUAACCACUGAAGAUUUUGCCACUUGCACAACAGGAAGGGGCAAAACUAACAGUGCAAAAGACUAAGUCCUGAACAUCCAGAUUAAGAAAAUUCAACACUCUGCAUUCACCAAAACCUGCCCCUUCCCUAACCCAGCAGGAAAAUGCCCUCAUCAGCAGACUGGUUACCGCAAACAAGUCAUAGAAAAGUCAGAACUGAUUCAUCUGAAACGCACAUCGAUUAAAAUCUAAAGGCUAAGUACAUAUCAUCAGCAAGAAAAAUAGUGAAGGCAACAAGUAAACUUUACUCAUGAUGGCGGCGAUGCAUCAACAGGCAGGUAAUCAAUCUGCUAAAGACAAAACUGAAAGCCAAAGUGAAGUGCAACAGGCAGCCAAGUAAUUUUGAGUAACACAGCUUUAUGUAUGAUAACGGAUGAGUUCAGACUCAAAGCAUGGUAAACAGCUUGCUCUGGUAAAAUCCUUCAUAGAAAGGUCAUUAGACAGGCAACUAAAGUUUCGGCAGGGAAGAGCAACAAACUUCUUUGGAUAUUCAGCAGACGACGACUGGAUUAAAAUCCUCUGCAUGAGUUACAGUAUAUGCCUGUGUGAGCAUCCGUAACUGACCUGCAUGAAAUACAGGAGGAGCAGCACCCAAGAACAAAAGACUGCACAAGACGAGUAAAGAGAACGUAUGUU